AUGGUACUUAAAAGAAAAAGAAACUUAAAGAUAGACACCACAGCCAGCUACUCAGUAUUUUUACUCAGGGAUCUAAAUCGGAACGAAGUAGAGGAUUAUCUUGAGAAUAGGGACACAGGCAUGGAGGCCGAAGAGGAGAAAGAGCUUCAUCUUCAAAAUAUAAUGAAAGGAACAGGAAAGGACAUUCCAAUUCCUGUAGUUGCAGAAAUUGAAAACAUUAGCAGAUCUCGUUAUGAGAAAAAAGAAUUAAAAAAGAGAAUAAUUUGGGAAAAAGAUUGUCCUAACGACUAUAUUGAAGACAGGAGCGACGUCGAGACAGAAAAAGAAAUGCAGCUUAAGUUACACGAGCUGAUUUCCAAAAGCAAUCCACAGGGAAUCAGCACAGAGAAGGGGUCUUUUAUUCCCAUUGAGACGUUUAAUAUUUCUAAUAAAUCUACAGGGACGCUAAAUUCAGGUAGCCACCCAGAUUCCAUCAUCAAGGUUGUGGAGCACGAAUCAAAUAGUGCACAACAAGGAGCUAUUGCAACACAAAGACACCCAAUAGCAUCUAAUAUAUAUAAAAUAGACAGCAAAAGACCCGCAUUUAAAGACAUAAUUAAAAGGAUAGGUAGUGACAAAAAUGCAUAUACAAUAAAAGACGAAAACAUUGUAAACUUUUGUCUGAGGAAGACCCUUGUAAGAUAUGAAAGGCCGGGGUUUGAGGCCUACACGUGUUUUAGAGACAGAAUAUUCAAUCCUACAUUCAAGUCGAGGAGGAAUGAGACACUAAUGUUUGAAAAAAUCAAUAGAAUGGGUGUUGAGUUUGGUACUUUGAAAAAACUAUGUGAAAUGUACAAGGAAAAGUGUAUGUAUGAGGACAAAGCCUACAAACAGACAAUAAAGAUAUUUAAGAAGCUUUCAUCAUCGAGUGUGAGUAAGCUCAAAAAGAGGAUGCUUGUGAAAAUGAUGUACAAAUUCCCGGAGAAGGGGCCUGGGUCUAAGAUGAAGAUUAAUAUUUAUGACAUAAUGACAGAUAGACAAAAAAUAGUCAAUUUGAAAACUACAAAAUCAAGUAAUGAGUUGUACCUGGACAUCAAAUAUUAUAACGAAGUAAUGAGUCUUAUAAAGUUUGAUGAAAAGGAGAAUCAAGCAAAUAAAGACAAAACACCAAAAAAAAUCUAG